AUGGCUGCUGACAUUUCUGAAUCUGGUGGACAUGAUUGCAGAGGAGACCAGAGGAGCAACACCAAGUUAGAUGCAGAUUACCCACUUCGAGUCCUUUACUGUGGAGUCUGUUCAUUACCAACAGAGUACUGUGAAUAUAUGCCUGAUGUUGCUAAAUGUAGACAAUGGUUAGAGAAGAAUUUUCCAAAUGAGUUUGCAAAACUUACUGUAGAAAAUUCACCCAAACAAGAAGCUGGAAUUAGUGAGGGUCAAGGAACAGCAGGGGAAGAGGAAGAGAAGAAAAAACAAAAGAGAGGUGGAAGGGGUCAAAUAAAACAGAAGAAGAAAACUGUACCACAAAAGGUUACGAUAGCUAAAAUUCCCAGAGCAAAGAAGAAAUAUGUAACAAGAGUGUGUGGCCUUGCAACUUUUGAAAUUGAUCUUAAAGAAGCACAAAGAUUUUUUGCUCAGAAAUUCUCCUGUGGUGCCUCAGUAACAGGGGAGGAUGAAAUCAUCAUUCAGGGAGACUUUACAGAUGACAUUAUUGAUGUCAUUCAGGAAAAAUGGCCAGAGGUGGAUGAUGAUAGCAUUGAAGAUCUUGGAGAAGUGAAGAAGUGA